AUGGGGAAAGAAGAAUUCAAUCCAUUUGGGAGACCUUACAAUUUUAUGGUGCCUCAAGAUCAAACUCCAAACCAACCCAUGCCCCCACAUUGGUCUAGAACUAUGCAGGCUUAUUACAAUCCUGGGUCUACUCCAAAUCCCUUUUAUAAUCCACUUGCAGCUGGUUCUUACUUGUAUCAGCAGUACAUGUGGCCAAAUCAGGCAAGCAAUGCACUACUUCAUUAUGAUGCUCUAAACGAUCCCUCAAGGCUCUCCAAUAAACCUCAGGAUGCUACACUGGCCUUUUCAGAAAUGGUGUGCAGGAAUAUGGGCGAAGGAAAGCCAGACUUCAACAAACUAUUUACUGGAAACUCACAACCUUUAAGUUUAAUAACUGGGGAUUUGAGAGAACAUGGAAACACAUCUUCAGCACCAAAAAAUGCCCGGGAUGGAAUCUCAAUGAGUGUACCAAGUGGAAGCAAGAGAUCACCCGGUGAAGAACAAGAGAGCACUAACAAUCUUUUUCCUUCAAGUUUGACACUGAAACCAAGCAUGAUAAUUGGGGAUGAAAAUCCAUCUGGGCUGACUCAAAAUUUGGAAACACUUGUCAAGGAAUCUGAUGCUGAUGCUGAUACUCAACUAAAAAAUAUGGAAGGUGAUGAUAUAAGAAAAGAAAGGAAAAGACAGUCAAACAGGGAAUCAGCUAAGAGAUCAAGGAUACGAAAACAGCAAGAAUGUGAAGAGCUAUCUAAAAAGAUAGACACUCUUAAGGAUGAAAAUUCCGUCCUAACACAAAGGCUCGCUACACUUUCUGAGGAAUGUCAGGAGCUCACCAAUGAAAACAAUUCCAUUCAGGAAGAGCUAAUUAAGAGGUAUGGAUCAGAAUCAAUUGCAGACCUAUUGCGCAUGAAGCCUGUUUUUGGUGGAUUCCCAAAAUCAGUUUGA